AUGAAGCCUGUACAAAGCAGCAGAAAACUAGAAGUAGCAACAGCUCCAAAUAACUCCAAGAAACAAGGCCGUGGUAUGAUCUUCCUCAUGAUCUAUUACGACCCACUGCAGAAGAAUUAGGCUUGAUCGAUCUUCUGGCUUUCAGGGGAGUCAGUAAAGCUUGGAAACUCAGCCUCUUCCACCUCGUCAGCAAUGGUUGAAUACCUGCCAAAUCGCGAGCCUCAGUUCCUUCUCUAUGGACCAAGAACCCCGGAUUGCAAAUUAGUCCCGGAAUCCCUCAACAAGUACUACACCAUCACCAUUCCGGAAUUGUUCCCUCACGAGGUUUUCCAUGGUGUUGCUUCAUUUUCUUCCCCUCCAACUUCGCCAGACUGUGUUGUUUGUGCCUGGUGUGAGACCUAUGACGAUGGGAAGAUAAAGGCUGAAUGCUGGGAGCCUUGUCGCAAUGCCACCAAAUGGGCCAUGAGGGACACUACAAGCAGUAGAUUGACAAACAUGAUUGGUGCCGUCUAUCACAAUGAGAGCUUCUGCUUCUGCAACGAUGAAGAUCAUGUGUUGAAAUUUGACAUUCGGAAUGGAAGCUUAAGUCGACCUUAUUCGAUCCGCAACACCACAGAGACGAAACCUGGCAUUAAGUGUGUACCAUGGAGGAGGCGCAUUGUGGGAACGGACGGGGUAAAGGGGGUGCUGGGACUGGCUGAGGAAUUGAUUUAUUAAUGGUUCCUACUUGUGGAACGGCUCUACCGGGCAAUGAUAAUCGCGUCAUAAUGGUUCCAAGUGAGUAGCCUGGAGAAUGCCAAAGCAAAAGCGAAAAUAUAGCCUGGAAGGGGUGUGGAUUCAGCCACUGUUCCAUUAGCUUGAUGCAGAACGUAGGUGGUGACUUAAGAGGUUUUUAGAGAGUCAAUCAAGAGAGUAAAUAGAUUUUGCAUUU